AGUCCGGUCUGAAGGUACAGCUACAGAUCUCCUCUUUCACUCUCCAUCUUCACUCUCAUUUAAAUCCCCAUUUCCCAUUCCCAUUUCCUCCAAUUUCUCCUUCCUCCCACCGCCAUGCCCUCCCCCCUCCUCCUCCUUCUCCUUCUCCUUUCCGUCGCCGCUAAUGCCGCAACUUUCAAGGAAGCCCCCCAGUUUUACAAUUCCCCAGACUGCCCUUCUAUCGCCGACGACCUCGAGGACCCAGAUGAGAACGACCAACAUCUCUGCUUCAAUCGCGCCGUCCACGUGGCCAUGACGUUGGACACAGCCUACCUACGUGGCUCCAUGGCCGCCGUGCUUUCCGUUCUCCAACACUCUUCCUGUCCUCAAAACGUAAUUUUCCACUUCGUCCAUUCCGCAUCCGCCAACUCGUCCUCUCUACGCGCCACCCUCUCUCACUCAUUCCCUUACCUGAAAUUCCAACUCUACCCUUUCGAUGACGAAGCCGUCUCGCGAUUGAUCUCUACCUCAAUCCGAUCCGCGUUGGACUGUCCUUUGAACUACGCACGUAGCUACUUAGCCAACCUCCUUCCCACGUGCGUCGCCCGAGUUGUCUACCUUGACUCCGACCUGAUCCUCGUCGACGACAUUGCCAAACUCGCCGCUCACUCGCUCGGUGCCGACUCAGUCCUCGCCGCGCCAGAGUAUUGCAACGCUAAUUUCACUGCCUACUUUACCCCGUCGUUUUGGUCUAACCCGUCUUUGUCUUUAACGUUCGCGAACCGGAAGGCGUGUUACUUUAACACAGGGGUUAUGGUGAUCGAUCUGGACCGGUGGCGAGCUGGGGAUUACACGACCAAGAUUGAGGAAUGGAUGGAAUUGCAAAAGAGGAUAAGAAUCUACGAAUUGGGAUCUUUGCCGCCGUUUUUGUUGGUUUUCGGUGGGAGAAUUGCUUCGGUGGAGCAUCGGUGGAAUCAGCACGGGCUAGGCGGCGAUAAUAUCAGAGGACUGUGCAGAGAUCUGCAUCCGGGUCCGGUCAGUUUGUUGCAUUGGAGUGGGAAAGGUAAACCGUGGGCUCGGUUAGACGCGAACCGGCCCUGCCCAUUGGACGCACUUUGGGUUCCCUAUGAUUUGUUAGAGACCCCAUUUUCGAUUGAUUCAUGAACCUCGAGAAAUUGAUUGAUUAUCAGUGGGGUCUUUACAAGUUUAUAUUGAAUUUUUUUUUUUCUCUUUUUGUAACAAAAGAUAAAUAAUAAGAUUUUUGUACAUAUAUAUAGAGAGAGACUGAUUCAAUUUAUUUUUGCAUGAAAUUUGAAUAUGAAUAAACAAUAUGUUUUGUUUCUGCUCAUUA